AUGGCUACUGCGAAAUUGGUAGGCUCUGCUUUUGAGAAGAUCGGCGUUCAUCUUGAGUGCAACAUUUGCACAGAUAAAUAUAAAAAGCCGAAAGUACUUGACUGCUUACACAGUUUCUGCGAAGAAUGCCUGGUAAAAUAUCGUGAUGGCACACACCGAAACAAACCCAACAUCCCUUGCCCUGUGUGUCGUCAGGUGACGGUACUUCCCCAGUCUGGCAUACAGGGCCUCAAGACCAACUUCCAUUUGGUUGGUCUGAUUGAGGAAUUUGAAUUACAGGAAAAGGUAGCAUGUUCAGCUGAAGCAAAGUUAUUCUGUCAGGUAUGUGACAAGGGAAAUGAAGCUAAAGAUCACUGCAUGGAUUGUGAAAAGAAUAUCUGCAAGGAUUGCUGUAAGUCACACCAGCAAUUUCCCACAUUAAAGACCCACAAAAUAGCAAGUUUUGAUGACAUUCGUCAGGGGAAGGUGAAUGUGACUAAACAACCAGACGUGUACAAAUGCCCCAAACACAAGGAGGGCGUGAAAUUCUAUUGCAAGACAUGCAAUAAGCUGAUCUGCCAAGGCUGCACGGUUAUAGAUCAUCCCACCGCCACACAUGACGUCACUGACACUGGAACGGCUUCAAGAGAAUAUAGACAGUCAUUGAAGAAGGACUUGCCUGCUUUGGAUAGAGGUAUACAAAGCAUUGAAUUGUCUCUGCAGGACACUAUUAAAGCAAAGAAGAUGGCCAAGGAUAACACGGCAAAGGCUCGAAAGGGGGUGCAGGGCAGAGCUGCUGAGGUCAUAGCACAGGUCAAAGCUGAAGAGAAACGACUCCUGGAUGAGAUCACAACCCAGGAAAGAAAGCAAAAUGAGCGGCUGGAUGAGCACGAGAAAACACUGAGUAACAUGAUGCAGAUAAAAAAACAUUCCCUACAAACAACCCAAGACGUCGCGAGUAACGCAUCAGACUGUGAUCUACUUUCCCUCUAUCCCGUUGUCAGCAAAUACGUGGCCAGGCUCGGAGCCCAACCAUGUCCAAAGGCUGCGGGGUUGAAAUCGCAUCCCGUCUUUGUGCAGAAUAAGAAGCUUAACAUCGAUCUGGGCAAGGUGAUGGUGGAAGACACAUGGGAGAUGUGCCACUCCUUUGGAAAGAAGGGGAGCGGUAAGGGGGAGUUUGAAGGAGCCAGAGGCAUUGCUGCUGCUGCUGACCCUGACGAGAUUGCUGUCACAGACGGGAGCAACAAGCGAAUAGUAAUCUGCAACAGCCGGGGACAAACCAGGAGCUCCAUUCCGAUCGCUGCAAAUGAUGUCGUUGUUGUAUCCAAUCAGUGGGUGUGUGCUAACCCCUACAAGGUGAUGGUUUACCAUAGGGACACCAAGCCAGCACGUGAUUUUGGCACACUACAGGAGAGUGAGGUUGGCAAGACAGACGUGCAGCUCACGAGCGUAGCUGUCAUGCCAAAUGGUAACAUCAUGGUAGGUGAUGGGAAGAGGAAGGUGUUGAAAGAGCUCGAUCCCAGGAAUGGUGAGAUCCUACACACCAUGACAGUGAAGACACAACCUGUCUACUUGGCUGUACUGAGCAAUGGUUGGAUUGUGAUCAGUGAUUGGGAGCAGGGACUAGUUGAGAUAGUGGAGGUGUCUGACGGCAACGCUGUUACAGUCUGCGUCAUCAAACCAACCAUUGACGGUAAACCAGUGAAAUACUGCGGGGGUGUGUGCAGCAACAGCUCAGGUAUCUACCUUGCAGUGGUCACGGAAAGCGUCAACACCGGUCACAUUCACCACUAUGAUUGCGCUGGACAGUUUGUCAGCUGUGUGGCGCAGGGUCUCUACACUCCCCUAGGAAUCGCAUUCACAGCCAAUGGGCAGCAGCUGGCAGUGGCUGACUACCACUCUGUCAAGAUAUAUCGCAAGGUGUGAUGUCAACGAUGUCAUCCGGCAUAAAACCGCCUCCCCGUAGCUGCGUUUCGAUCUGUUUUAUGCACACCGGUAUUUAGGCCUAUUCUUACUAGAGAAUGAAAACAAAUGUACCAAA